AUGAUACUGCCCAUACACACUGAGCUGCUACAGACACUCGAGGCCCGGAGAGGCGACGAGAAGGCAGUUACAGAAUACAUUGGAGAUGUGUUCACCAACCUAGUACCGUACUUUAAAAUGUACUCGCUGUAUGUUUCCAACUACCCCGUGGCCAUGGAAACGCUGGUAAAGUUAAAAUCAAAGCCUGCGUUGGAGUUCCUGGAAGCGUGUCAGAAG